AGUCGCUUCUUGUUAUUUGCAUUAUUUGCAUUUGCACUCACUGUCACUCCUAAUGCAGCUCGCAACUGUACACAGUUGAACAGGGAAUUGAUAUAUUUUAAGUUAAAAUAGUAAAGUUGGACUAUUUUAUUAAACAAGUGCACGUCGUUUUAAAACAAACAUCAUGCGCCGUCAGCUUUUUUGGAAGGUUUCUUUAUCAUUACUGCUAAUAUUGGCUCACAUAUCAGUUGAAGCGAAAAAACAAAAGACGUCAGUUGUUACAGGAAUAGAUGAAAUAAAAGAAUUUAAAAAGUUACUUAGGACUAAGACAAAUGUUCUGAUAUUGUUUGUAAAUACAGUUAAGCAGUCUCAGAGUGUUACGGAUGUGUUCAAGGAGACUGCAGAUAUGAUGAAGGGGCAGGCAACACUAGUUAUUGUUGAUUGUAGUACUAGUGAAGGCAAGAAAUUAUGUAAAAAAUUAAAAAUAUCACCUGACAAACCAUACACUAUAAAACAUUACAAAGAUGGAGAGUUCCACAAAGACUAUGACCGAAGUGAAUCAGUUAGUUCCAUGACUAACUUUCUCCGGGACCCUACUGGGGACCUGCCCUGGGAAGAAGACCCGGAGGCCGCUGACAUUUACCAUCUGCAAGACGGAGAGGCAUUAACGAAAUUUUUGAAAAAAGGAGCUGCGGCUUACAAGAAAUGUUUGAUAAUGUUUUACGCUCCUUGGUGUGGUUACUGCAAAAGCAUGAAACCAGACUACGUGGCGGCGGCCGGAGAUUUGAGGGGCGAAGCUCUACUGGCGGCGAUCGACGUGGCCAAGCCCGGCAACGCUAAGAUCAGACAGCUGUACAACAUUACUGGUUUCCCCACCUUGCUGUAUUAUGAAAAGGGGCAGCUGAAGUUCCCUUACAACGGCGAGAACAAGAGGCAGGCGAUCGUGGAUUUCAUGAGGGACCCAUCAUCGCAGCUCAAACAGAAGAAGCCUGAGGCCGCCGCCGACGAGAGCUGGUCUGAGGACUCAGACGUCGUACAUCUGACAGAGGCCAACUUCAAGUCCGUGUUGUCGGCGGCCGAGCACGCGCUGGUGGUGUUCUACGCUCCUUGGUGCGGGCACUGCAAACGCAUCAAACCAGAGUUCGAGAAAGCUGCCACUAAGAUAAAGUCAGACAAGUUAAACGGUAUACUGGCCGCCGUGGACGCGACGAAGCAACCGGAGCUGGCGUCGGGCUACGGCGUGAAGGGCUACCCCACGCUCAAGUACUUCCACAAUGGCGAGUACAAGUUCGACGCGGGCCACGCCAGGCAGGAGGACCAGAUUAUUAGCUUUAUUAAGGACCCGAAGGAGCCGCCGCCGCCGCCGGCGCCCGAGCGGCCGUGGGCCGAGGAGGAGUCCCCGGUGCGCCAUCUUGACGCUUCCACCUUCCGGACCACGCUUCGGAAGGUCAAACACGCGAUCAUCAUGUUCUACGCUCCAUGGUGCGGGCACUGCAAGAGCACGAAGCCCGAAUUCGUGAAGGCGGCCGCUCGGUUCGCGGACGAGCUGAUGGUGCUGUUCGGCGCGGUGGACUGCACGGCGGAGGCCAAGCUGUGCGGCGAGCACUCCGUGCGCGGGUACCCCACCCUCAAGUACUUCAGCCACUUCGACCGCCGCGUACAGGACUACACCGGGGGCCGACAGGAGGCGGACUUCGUUUCGUACAUCCACACCGCGAUGGGCGAGACGGCCCAGAAGGCGUCGGCGUCGCCGCAGGCGGCCGGUUUCGGCAGCAGCGUCACUCUCUCCUUCGACGCGGACUUCGAAACCACGAUCGGAUCCAGCAAACCGGUUUUCGUCAUGUUCCAUGCCAUAUGGUGCGAUCACUGCGUCGCCGCGAAACCGGCUUUCAGUAAACUAGCGACGGCUCUCAAAACCGAAAACUCUCCAGUAACAGCAGUCGCGGUAGAGGCCGACAAGAACCCUAAAGCCGUGGACCUGGCCGGCAUACAGACGUUGCCCACCUUCAAAAUAUUCGCUAACGGCAAGCUCGUGGCAGACUAUGAGGGGGACCGCUCCCUCGAAGACAUGUUGAAAUUCUGCAAGUCCCACACUAAAGUAAAUGACGAGUUGUGAUCGUUGUGAUAUUACACACUAUUUUUACUGCAAGUCAUGGUGCAGUAUCACUUGGAUCAAUACUAUUCCUUAUACUUAUUUAUUGUUAGUAACAUUUUGUCAUUAGUGAGUGAUGAAAUUAUGUUAGUACUCGCUUUUGUUGUUGACGACGUCCUGUAACCGGUUUUAUGUUUUAGAUAUUUUAACACAGACAUAUUGCAUAUUGUAUUUUUACAUUACAGUAACUCCAGUUGGAAACUUUACCCUGUCUCUUUCGUAAACAUCUCAAAGUGAAGUUCUGGAGCGAGGUAAAUUUUAUCUGUAGCUGUGGGUAUUACAUACUUGAAAAUGAAAAACAAAACCGUUUUUAUACUGUAGGUAAUUAGUAUCUGAUUAUUGUAGUGUUGAAUCUAGUUUUUUAUUAAUGUUUCCUUUUUGACCCAUACUUUCAAUUUUAGAUGACUUCAGAUGACUGAGAUCAACUGGUAUGGCAUGUAUAUAAGUACUGUAGAGAUUACAAGGUUCCCAUUAUACAGGGUCGAAUAACGUGAUCAUUAUACUCUGUUAAUGUCAUUUUUUCUUAUAGUACCUAUUUAAAGUAUUUAUAGUAUUACAUUGUACGUAGUACCUAUAUGAAAUCCAUUUAAUAUUGAAUUGUAAUAAGUAUAUCAUAAUUUUUAAGUUGAAGUAUGUAUCACAACGCCUAUACGUAGUAGAAGCUAUUUUGUCCACCAAAUGGUAGGUAUGUUUUAUCAUUGUACAAGUCAUCACAAGAUUAUUUUAAAUAAGUAUAUCAGCCUUUAUCAAUCAUACUUUAAACUAUAUUCUAAGAGAGCUGUCUAGAACCGUAAUGUUCUGAGCGUACCUAUAGUAUUUUAAGACGCAUAUAUAUUACUUUCCGUACUGCGUCGUUACAGAGAUCAAUUAUACCAGUAUUGGCUGGCCAGGGUCCGGCUAAACAGGGACCUUAAUCCAGACGAGUUUUAAAGUUUUAACAUACUAGAGAUAUCCUCCUUAUGGAAUUACAGUUUACUUAUGCCUUAAUGUAUCUCAGCGGUCGGCAACCUUUUAGCAGCCAAGGGCCACAUAGUAGUUAACGAAGAUGUCGCGGGCCGCACUUUGGUAAUAUUUGUGACUUUAGCAGACUAAGGUCUUGAGUGCAGCUUCAAAUACGAUCUAUAUUGAAGGAGAAUAACUGCCCAAGUGCCCAGUGGCUCUCAAUGUAAGGGCGAUUGUGCACUACAAUGAAUUUUACUGUCCGACAGUCUGAGUUUUCAUGGUCCGAUAUGGCAUGAAAUAAACGGAUGAAUGGCUUGUGCACUUGUCCGUCUUUUUACUAAAAGAGAGGUAACCCCUAGCCCGCCCCCGUCCGGCCAAGUCAUGAAUAAUACUAAUUCCCGACGCAGUGCACAAGACCGUCUCGGACCGGAAAAAAACUGUCCGUAAUGGAGAAAACUAAAAUGUCGGACGGUAAAAUUACGUCUAGUGCACAAGCUACUAUAUACAUUUAAUGGCGUGUCAUAUCGGACCGUAGAAACUCUGACUACCGGACAGUAAAAUUCAUUGUAGUGCACAAUCGCCCUAAGUAUCUGGGAGCAACGCUGUGUUAAAGGAAAAUUUGUCGGUUCUGCAACAAAAAAUCCAUAUUGCAGAGGUGAGCAGCAGGCGUAAUAAGACUAAAAUACGGAACGAGUAUAUCAGAGGUCGUUAUAAAGUUGCGCCCAUCACAGAAAGGCGGUUUAGUUGGUAUGGCCACGUGAUGAGAAGCCCCAAAGACCUUGGCGAUACCAUGCACAAGAAAAGGCCACGGGGUUGGCUACUGUAGCCCGAGAACGGCGCCUUAGAACGAGAGGAGCUGUCCCCAUAUAAUUGGAAGUGGUAAGGAAGAUCAGCAUCUUCCUCUGAACUUGCUAAGGAAGAAGGCAGUGCGUUGUAACCUGGUUGCACAGAGAGACUGAGCCUCCAGACUGAGCAUAGUCGCGCUACCCCCUCUACCACGCAUACGGUAAAUUUACUCCAUGUUCGAGUCGAAAGUGUUUUUUUGCGACGUCCGUGUCUUUGACCGGACAAAUCACGGCACGGGACUUCGCUCACCUCGUCCCGCGCACCCCCGCAUUUUUGGCAUCUUCGGUUGCAUGAAAUAACUGCUCUAAACUCGGUCUAGAGGAUUCCUAGUCUAUGCCUGGUUGUGACAAUAAGUGUGUUUCAAUCUUACAAGCUUGCGUUCGUUUAAAAAGGUAUCUGUAUAUGCCUUACAGAUCUUAAUGAAUGUAAAAAAAGAGUUAGAGUUAGACCUAGGCAAGUCUGCAACGAUUUUGAUAGCACACGCAGUGCCAGUGUUAUUUAUACGUCAAAAUUUCAUAGACGUAUGACGUUUAAAAUAACACUUGCACUGCGCGUGCUAUCAAAAUCGUUGCAGGCUUGGUCUAAGGUGUCUGUAUAUGCCUUACAGAUCUUAAUGAAUGUAAAAAAAGAGUUAGAGUUAGACCCAGGCAAGUCUGCAACGAUUUUGAUAGCACAGGCAGUGCCAGUGUUAUUUAUGCGUCAAAAUUUCAUAAAAGUAUGACGUUUAAAAUAACACUUGCACUGCGCGUGCUAUCAAAAUCGUUGCAGGCUUGGUCUAACUCUAGCCCUGCUAGUACUCAAAUCAUCGGUUUAGCUCGAUUCACAGCAUAAUGUUACAUCCCUGGAAUACCUUUCAAAGAUUGUAUAUGAAUAUUGCUUGUAAAUUGUUAAUACUGACUGAAUAAUUGUAGGUAGAUAACGAAAUUGCGUCAGUACAGUUUUAAUGCAAAUUGUUUUGAUGCGAAGGGAAAAUCCUGAUCUGAGUGACUAUUUACUCUCUAAGAAACUUGAUCUCUGAUGUCUUUAUAAAGGGAAAUUUAAGAAAAAAAGGCUAAGUCCACGCCCAUAAGUCUUCAUCUUUGUGAAUUUAUAUUACAUACGUGUUAUAGAGUUCCAAAUGGUCAUAUCUCAUUACAUCAUGAUUUGAUACUUUUGAUAGGUAAUUACUUGUAUUCGUAUAUGUAUCUCUCUUGAAAACGAGCUACACUUUUUGUGACUGUGUCUUUAAUAAAUUUAGUCUGCAGAGCAAACACUGCUUAAGUUAUCUCCAUACCUUCUUUACAAUUAUGAAAUUAUACACAUGCAUUCCGUAAAUACCUGUACUAGUAUUAUUUAUCUAUUUAUACACGAUUACUGUACCUUACUUGUAGCAAAAUUUACUCAAAAUCUCAUUUAAAAUGUUGGUAACAAGUAGAUACUAACUGUAUCAUUAAAAGUACAAUAAUUGUAAAUGCUAACAUAAUGUAAGUGAAUUAAUAUUGUGAAUAAAGGAAAUGUUACUAGUUUUAACGAAACGGAUUCUAAUCUCUGACAAUAUCAUUAAUUUUAAUGAGAUGCAUUUGCGUACAGUCACCUUCAAUUACUCUCCGAAGGUCGCAUAAAUAUGUGACACGCUCUUAUGGCUCUACAAAUAAGAUAGUGUCAGAUAUUUUUUCUGCCUUCGUUGUGAUAUUAUUGCAGGUGACUGUACAUAAUAUUAUUUUUCUACCGGCAAGCCCAUGGCUCGAAUGUGCAUUUAUUUAUCUCAAGAUUUUCGCAGGCUUGGGCUUCCAAUAACGUACUUAUUUUUGAAUCACACUUAGGUUUAGUUUGUGGUUGACAGAUAUAUGUUAUACCUUUAUUUCCUACCUCAUCCAGAAGUUAAUAGGUAUUACAAGAAUAUUUUUUCUUUCACAUCACCUAUUCGGAAAAGGGCUUUUUCUUCCCUGCUAGGAGGGAUCACAUUGGCACUUUUUUUCCAUGCUUCACUACGCUUAGGAUUCAUUGUACGCCCUCGCCGUAAAUAUGUCAUUUUGCUACCUUGUUUCACAAUCUACUAUUUUUUUUAAACUAGAUCUUAAUAAUUUAAUUUAUUUUAAUUGAUAGUAAUCUCUCAAUCACUAACUAGAAGUAUUUGUGGUGUAAAAAAUAUAUAAGAUUUUAUUAAAAAAUAAGUAUUGGAAUAAACCUUAAUAAAAUCGCAAAGACAUAAUGAUGUUAACUAUACUCUUAGUGCUUAUAAUACUAGGUAAUGUAAUGAAGAAAUGCUUACACUGUACUGACUUACCUAGCAUGAUGUUUGUUUUUGAGGUGCUCUCAUCUCACUGCGGCAGUAUUUUAAAUUAAGCAUGUGCCGUUAUAGUUACGUGAGAAAUUAGUUCAGCAAUUAUCUUUCGCUCACGUACGCUUUCAAUGCUUAAUCAGGCUGUGACGUCAUAAUAGCCUGUUACAAGAACAGAAAAAAGCAUUUAUCCCCGCAUGAUGAUAUAGACUAAACGUAUCAAAUUUUUGCAAAGCGUCACUACUGCUGAUAAACGAUAUGUGAUUAGCUAUGAUUUUUCGUUGCGAUUUCUCUUUGAUAAAGUGCCUGCUAAAAGUGUGCAAUCAGUGACUAAGUAAUCCAUUUCUUUUAUAAACCUUUUGGACGCCAAUGACCGAUAUAUCCGCACCGCAGGUUCAACGCCAAAGACCGAUUAAUCGGUCACAGACCACAGAGGACCAUACGCGUCUGAGUGACAGCUUUUGUGUUUGACACGGCGUCGAAAAGGUUAACGCGGAGUGUACGUUUCUGCGAAAUAUAAAGUUGUAAGUUCUCGCUCCCAGUCGGACUAGUGAUCUGUUAUUUGUUUCUUUAAGUACCUACAUUUUUAACGUUUACAAUUGUAUAAUAUUAAUAUGAUAUAAUUUAUAUAUAGAAGUUCCUUGGUGUACUGUGUUAUGAACAUAAAUAUUCUAAAAUCUAUAAUAAACAUGUGUAAGCAUUGUAA